ACCACACACACUGAUCUAGCUCCUGCAUUUCUACGGAGGAAUCAAAAUGUCUCGACGUAGCAGUGUGGGAGACCAGAGCCGCUACAGCUCUUACGGAAAGUCCCAGAGAUCUGAGUCCUAUGAAAAAUACAGCAACCCCAGACCCAGCAGCCGGAACAGCCAGCGCAAUGUACUCUGUGAUUUCUGCCUGGUGAAAAAGAUGAGAGCUGUGAAGUCUUGUCUAACAUGCCUGACCUCAUUCUGCGAGACUCAUCUUCAGGCUCACUAUGAAUACCCAGCACUGAUGAAGCACAAAUUGGUGCCAGCAACAGGGCAGCUGAAGGAAAAGAUCUGCGCCGAACACGACAAACUACUGGAGGUCUUCUGUCGCUCUGAUCAGAUGUGUGUCUGUGUUCUGUGUAUCAUGGAUGAACACAAAAAACACGACAUUGUCUCUGCUGCAGCUGAGAGGACAGAGAAACAGAAACAACUUAGUGCUAAACUGACGAGCUCUCAGCAAAAGAUUGAUGAGAGAGUGAGGAAGUGGCAAGAUUUGCUGCAGGCUACAGAGUCUCUAAAGCACUCAUCUCAGAAUGUGUUGGAGGAGAAUGAGAGAAUAUUCACAGAGCUGAUGCAAGCUCUGGAGAGGAGGUACAACGAUGUGAAGGAAAUGAUCCUAGCCCAAGAAACAGCCCUGAUAACUCAAGCUGAGAGACACCUGAGCCGAAUGGAGGAAGAAAUCACGUUACUGAAGAUGAAACACAAUGACCUGGAGAGGCUUUCUCACUCUGAGGAUCACAUUCAUUUCUUACAGAGCUGGCAGUCUCUUUCUGCACCCUCAGGAUAUGAGGACUUGUCCAAAGUGUCACUGGCCCACAUUCACUCUUUUGAUAAAGUUAAGAAAGCCAUCUCUGAGCUUAAGGUGCAAGUAGAAGAUGUAAGCAAGGUAGAACUGAACAAGAUCUCGUCUGCAGCAAGAGAAGUCCAGAUUCUGCAGAUUCUGGAACCAAAAACAAGGGAUGAAUUUUUACAGUAUUACUGUCAGCUUUCCCUGGAUCCUCUAACAGCUCAUCCAAACCUCCACCUGUCCAAGGGAAACACAGUGGUGCAGAUGAAAAGUGAACUCAAAUCAUACCCUGAGCAUCCAGACAGGUUUGACUUUUGGCAGCAGGUGAUGUGCAGAGAGGCUAUGACUGGCGGCCGUUACUACUGGGAGAUUGAAUGGAGUGGUACAGAAGUGGACAUAGCUGUAACCAGUAAGGAAAUAAGCAGGAAAGGCAAUGACAAUGUUUGCAGCUUUGGCUGGACUGACACAUCAUGGAGUCUGUACUGUUCUGAGUCUAAGUACAACUUCAUGCACGACAGCAAGCGUAUUUCCUUACCGCUGGCCAAUUCUUCAAGAAUAGGAGUGUAUUUAGACCAUAAGGCUGCAACAUUGGCAUUUUAUAGUGUCUCAGACACAAUGACUCUCCUCCAUAAAGUAAAUACAUCUUUCACUCAGCCUCUCUAUGCAGGGUUUGGAGUCUGGGGUUAUGGAAGUACUGUAAAGAUACUGUAAUAUGUAUAUAUAUAU